AUGAGAUCCCUGAGAGUACUCUCUUUAGCCUAUAACAGUUUAAAAGGUUCUAUCCCAUCAUGUUUGUGCACAUUGAGAUCCUUGAGAAUCCUCUAUUUGGAGGGUAACAGUUUGGAGGGUUCCAUCCCAUCAUGUAUGUGCGCCUUGAGAUCCUUGAGAAAACUCUAUCUAUCGAAUAACAGAUUAUCAGGUGAUAUACCUUCUUGUUUCAGCAAUAUUCGCACCCUAACAGAGCUUGGUUUGUCCGACAAUCAGUUUCAAGGAAACUACAUAUCUUGGUUGUGCGACAUGCGCUCUUUGACAGUUCUCUCUUUAUCCUACGACAGAUUCCCAAGCAGCAUUCCUUCAUGCCUUGGCAACUUGGAUAAGCUCAAAUUCCUACAGCUUGCCGGUGAUGAGUUCAAGUGCAGUAUGCCAUCCUCUAUCUUUAGUAAUCUAACCAAACUGCGUACUCUAAAGAUCUAUUGCGAUGGGUUGAAAGGAACCUUCCAGUUCCCGGUGCUUGCCAACCUUUCCAAACUUAAAUACAUCUACUUCUCGUCCAAUGGGGGUUUAGACAUCAACACAGAGUACCCCAUCUCAUGGGUCCCAUCUUUCCAACUCAACACUUUCAUAAUUCAGGACUGUUCACUGAAUAGGAAUAGUGGUAAUAGACUUCCUACCUUCCUCUGGACCCAGGGUAAACUAUAUAGUUUAUAUUUAUGGGGCACCACAAUCACAGGGACACCACCUAUUGGCCUCUUUUGCAAUUCAUCUUUAUCUACACUAAGUCUAAGGUGGAACCAAUUUUCUGGCCCUUUUCUCCUCCCUUGCCACAAUGCUUCUCAACACGCCUACCAAAUUGAUUUAUCUUUUAAUUAUUUAAAUGGCUCACUUCCUGAGAAUAUUUCCGUUUCUUUUCCCAAGUUGUGGACAUUUAAAAUGGCAGGAAACAAGCUAGAAGGAUGCAUUCCUUCAACCUUGGGGCAUGCACCCCUCUCUGAACUAGAUCUGAGUGACAACAAUUUAUCAGGAGAACUACCCCACACUCUCACAAGAAAUCAGAGCAAAUUGCAGUAUUUAAAUGUGUCUUACAAUCACCUUGAAGGAGAGGUUCUCCCAACUGAUGCUGAUAUGCCAGGUUUACAUCAUUUAAUUGUGACGAACAAUAAUUUCACAGGAUUACUUCUUGCCAGGUUGUCCAACUCUUCUAGUCUAUUAAUCAUUGACGGGGGAUACAAUAAAUUUACAGAUGAUUUGUCUCAUGAACUACCCUAUUUCCCUGAAAUAAAAAUACUUUUAUUGAAACAGAAUCACAUUCAAGGCUUCUUACCUGAACAGUUGUGUCAAAUGCAAUAUCUACGUUUCCUAGAUCUUUCUGGAAACAACUUAUCGGGAAAACUUUUACCUUGUUUUAAUAAUAUUUCCUCUUGGAUAUCAAGCAGUCCUGAAAAAUCCAGAGUGAUUGAUUUCAUAGUGAGAGAUGCACAUAUAUCCUUCACAUCAAAGAAUUUGAUCAGUCCAUAUGAAGGUUAUCCUCUCUGGCAGAUGACUCACCUUGAUUUAUCAUCGAACAUGAUUAGUGGCAUCAUUCCUCGAGAAAUAGGAGAAUUGAAGGGACUUCGAUCAUUGAACAUAUCAAGUAACCGCAUCCAAGGUUCCAUACCUGUGGAAAUGGCGUGCAUGAAUACCAUGGAAAGUUUAGAUCUCUCACAUAAUAGUUUAACAGGUUCUAUCCCUCAAGAAAUGGUUCGGCUCUCCUCGCUUUCAGCUUUCAGUGUUGCCUUCAAUAUAUUGUUUGGUGGGAUCCCUAGUGGUGGACAGUUUGCAACUUUUUCUAAAAGUAGUUAUGAAGGUAAUCCAGGAUUAUGUGGACCACCACUUGAAAAAGCAUGUUCUUCUGACAAGGAGAGAGCAAAUAAGAAUGCAGAAGCUGGAGAAAACAAAGGAAAAUCAAUAGAUUUUGAUGAUGCUCUAUUUUAUUCAUUUGUUACUAUAUCAUUUAUUUUGGGUUUUUGGUGGUUUCUUGCCAGCAUUUUCUUCAAAGUGAGUUGGAGGAGGAAAUAUUUCAAAAUCAUUGAUGAAUACUACAAGAUGUACUUAAGGGACAUUUGA